CGAUGGUGGGGAGGGAAAGGACUUUUCUGCGUCUUUUCUCGGAGCAAAAAGCUCCGGAAUAUUAUCUAUUUUGUCUCUCGGUCAAAGAUGCCUCCUUAGCCUUAUUCGCAAAAUUAUUUGACACAAAUCAGCUGUAAAACGAGAAUAUAAUCUUUCCUUAAAAUUGUAUAAUUAAUUUAUCCCCAACGAUGAUUUUUGUUCGGAGGCGAAGUCCGCGUGGAUAAUAUAGUUUGUAUUGACAUUUUUGAGAGAUACUUUACCUAUUGUUGUUCAUUCGUACUUGAAGAACUGCGAAGAACGAUGUGAUAUGCGAGCGGUGGACUUUGUACGUUUGUUACUUCCUCGAAUCUAACCUAAAAAGUAAAGCCGCUUACGUCGCGAGCGUAUGAAAGGCAGAGAACAAAUAUAAUUAUGAGCUACUUCACUGUUCUACAAUUUAAACAAAGAUCUGCAGUCUUAAGCAAAGGUUUAAUAGAGCAAUGUUUGAGGCAGUAUCUGCUGUGCCAAGGCAGACCCUAUGUCGUAGAAAGUGAAAAUCGUUAUAGACAUUGUAUCGGUGCAAAAGAUAGAGCAAUUCGAAAAAAAACAUGGCGAACACGUAUAUUGCAGGAUAUUAAACAUACGAGAAGAAAAGUAGAAGAAAUCAUUGAAAAGGAAAAUAUCUGGACGAUACCUAAUUUGCUUUGCAUGGGUCGCAUAGUGACAUCGCCAUUUUUAAGUUAUUUGAUCUUAUCACAAGAUUAUCAGAUAGCGCUAUGCCUGCUUGCAUUUGCAGGAGUCAGUGAUUUAGCGGACGGAUGGAUUGCACGUACUUGGACAUCACAGGCUUCUAAACUUGGAAGCUUUUUGGACCCAGUAGCAGACAAGUUACUUGUUGGAACACUAUUUCUCUCUUUAGCGUGGGUUGGUUUGAUACCAGUUCCACUUACUUGUCUCGUUAUCGCGCGUGAUGUUGCUCUGGUGUCUGCUGCAUCUUACAUUAGAUAUCGUUCCCUGCCUCCACCAAAAACCCUAGCAAGAUAUUUUGAUCCUACACAUGCUACUGUACAAUUAGCACCAACCUUAAUGAGCAAGCUAAAUACUGGGGUGCAAUUGUCUUUGGUUGCUGGAAUGCUGGCUGCUCCCGUUUACCACUUUGUAGACCAUCCAAUCUUACAAUAUCUCUGUUAUAUAACAGCAUUUACGACUAUUGCGGGAGGUGUCAGUUAUCUGUUGUCAAAAGACACAUAUAAAUUGUUGAAGAGGAAGAAGAAGACUCAGACUCCUUAAAACUAGACUGUAUAUUAUUGAUAUAUACGAUGUUGUAAAUUAUGUAAGAAUUCAUUGUUUGUAUUACACAAUACAUAUUACUCUUUUGUAUCAUCAUAUCUGCCUGUACAAAGAUUAAAAUAAUAAUGUUCUUAUUUUUGAAAUUUUAAAAAA